AUGGGCGACUCCAAUGCGAGUGCAUCACUAGGGGAUCGAGCGGUGAUCCCGGAAGCGGAAGCCAUCGAUGGUUUUACGGCGGGGUUGCCAAGCGAAGACCAACAAUGGACGCAUGCUGUGGACGUUUCAGUACUGCCAGCGGUGGGGCGUGUAUUCAACACACUAAACGAGGGCAUCCAACACUACACCAACUACGCCCGAAUAAUGGGGUUUGACGUCCGCUGCAGUAGCGUGAAACGAGACCGAGCCGGAGUUAUCUACUCACGAUAUUUGGUGUGCAGCCGGCAAGGGGUCAAAGGUGGUGGUACGACACUCCAUGCCCGGGUUGACGGUGGUGAAGCUAAGCGUGAGCGCCGCCGUCGGCUUUCGAACAGGGUUAAUUGCGGAGCCAGAAUUGGGUUUAUAAAAAAGGGUUCUGGGAAGUUCGUUGUGACCGUUUUUGUUGAGAAACAUACGCACAAGUUAUGCUCGGAGUCGUCUAAACUAUUCUUGCGGAUAAACCGACGGCUCGACGUGGCCAAACAAGCUUUUUUAGGUAAUUGUAUUAAGGCUAACAUUGGUGCUUCAACCGGACUUCGGUUUUGCAAGGAGGCAACUGGGUCGUAUGCUAACGUCGGUGCAACCGACGUGGAAUUUCACAAUUUCAAACGGGACGUCCAAACCUACGUUGAUGUAGCUGAUGGCGAGAUGAUUAUUGCAACAUUCAAAGCGAAACAUGAAGUCUGUAAUGAAUUCUUUUUUGAUUACCAUCUGGACGAAGAAAACCGACUCACGAGACUGUUCUGGGCUGACCCACUCGGUAGGCGGACAUUUACUUGCUAUGGUGAUACCAUCUCAUUCGAUGCGACCUAUGGAACAAACAGGUAUAGUAUGGUGUUUGUGCCAUUCACCGGUUCGACAACCACAAACGAUGCAUCACUUUUGGGGCCGGACUCCUCACAAAGGAGGAUGUUGAUUCAUACAGCUGGCUAUUAG